UACACACACAAAACAGCAGAGUUUUUCAUAAGGUGAAGAUCGAGCAGAGUCAGCUGAGGAAGAAAAGGAGUGAAGUAGCUAGCUGGGCAGCCAUGGGAUUCUGCUGUGGACCUUCGGAUGUCAGGGUGCUUCCCAAGAACACCUCCUACUCACCGUCGCCGCCGCCGUCGAUUAACGGCAAGAAGAAGCAGCCGCAGAGGCAGGGGAAGCAGCAAGGUGUUAAGAGCGAGGAGGUGAAGGAGAAGAAGAGGAGCAACCUUGACCGUGCUGCGCUGACGACGCCCCAAUUCCCAUUCCACUCACGGCCUGGUCUCAUGUAAUCAACCUUUUUUUUGAACUGCAUGUAAUCAACCUGAGGAGAACAAAUACAUACGAGCAUGUACAUUCUUAGGAAUUUACUUAGGGCUGCAUCGGUUGUUUCGUUGUAGUUUCGGGGGUUGUAUUGUCACUGACUUAAUUAAUGGUUAUAUGUACCUCUUGAUAGAA